GUGAAGUAUACUUUCAUACCUUACUUGAUUUUUAACCGAUCCCAAUUGACUAGUGACGAUUCCUUAUUAAAAAAAUCAUUAUAAUGUCAAUUUGAAACUUAAAUUGAAUACCCAACGUCACAUGAAGUAUAAGCUUAGGAGAGCCUAUGUCUAAAUGAGGGUUGUAGGCUCAACUUUAAGGCAAUAAUCAUAAACCUAUGUUUUUUUCUUCUUCAAAUGGAAAAGGUAGGUCUCAAUAGAGUUACAGUUGUAUUAUUAAUAUUGAGCCUCUAAUAUGUGAUUAGAGAAUAAUAUUGUAUACAUCGUACUAUUCUUAUUGACUAGUGGAAGUUUUUGGAUGAUUCACAAUUUUCCCGCAUUGGGUUUCCACGAAAAACCUUGGUGGUGGUGUUGGUUUUGUCUCCUUAUCAAUUCGUUGUUAUAUUCUUAUUUUAAGGUUGUAUUGGCCGGUUGUUUUUGGGCUAAGUUGAUUUCAGUCAAUUUAGUUUUAGGGGAGACAUUAAUUCUAGAUUAGGUUUAGUUCAUGGUGAUUUGUAAUCCGGUUCUUCCCCAACACAAGUAAUGGAAACAAAAACUUGAUUUCCCAUAAUUCUAUUGAUAUAAACUUGCUUGAAGUGCAUAAUAUCAAAUUUCUUAUCACCCCAAGCUUGUAAUCUUUUGUGAAUUUUUUAAGGGUUGUAGACGCAGCUAUGAUGAAAACAAGGAGUUGUUCAAAAACAGGAUCCACUAGCCACUACACAUUUGGAGCUAAGUUCGAUGUGUUUUUAAGUUUUCGAGGGCCGGAUACUCGUGCUAACUUCACGGAUUCCCUCUAUCAUGCCUUGCUAGAUAAGGGUAUACAUGUUUUCAUCGACAAGAAGGGGAUUGACAUUGGUGAAGAGAUUGGUCUGGAAAUUUUGCAGGCCAUCAAUGAUUCGAAAAUCUGCAUUCCUAUCUUUUCCAAAAGUUAUGCUUCUAGUAGUUGGUGCCUUCGCGAGUUGAAACACAUGAUGGAGCGCAGGAAAACCAACGAACUAGAGGUUUUGCCCAUUUUCUAUGAUGUGACACCUGCUGACGUGAAACUUGAAACCGAUGUGUAUAGGUAUCAAUUAACUCAACAUAAGCCAAAACAUGAGACUGAGAUAGUGCGCCUCUGGCGGAAGGCACUCAAAGAGGCUGCUAAAAUCAAGGGAUGGGACACCAAGGACAUAGGCCAUGGAGAACUCACACGAUUAAUAGCUCGUAAACUUUUGGUUAAGCUUAAGGUCUCCCCAAUACAUCUAUCUGAUGAUUUGAUCGGUGUCGACCAAUCAAUGGAUGCAAUAAUAGAUUUAUUGAGUGUUGAAUCCGAGGACAUAAGGCUCAUUGGAAUAUGGGGAAUGGGCGGUAUAGGCAAGACAACUCUUGCCAAGGUCAUUUAUCACAAGUUGUCUACUAAUUUUGAAAGUUGUAGCUUUAUCUCGGAUGUACGACAAGCAUCAGAAAGUUCAAAUUCCGGUCUUCUAAGUUUGCAAAGGCAACUAGUACAUGAUAUCCUUCAAGAGAAAAGUAUUGAGAUUUUUAGCAUCGAUCAAGGGAUAAAUAUGAUCAAAGAACGAUUUAAAAGAACAAAAGUUCUUAUUUUCCUUGAUGAUGUAAACCAUAGGAGCCAACUAAUGGCACUAGCAGCAAAAAGAGAAUGGUUUGGUUCAGGAAGUAGAAUUGUGGUUACAACGAGAGAUAAAGAUGUUUUGUCCAAAUUUCUAGAUCAAUUUGACCAUGGUUUGACUUACGAAGUUGCAGAGCUGAAUAGUGAAGAAUCUUUACAACUUUUUAGCAAGCAUGCAUUUAGAAUGAACAUUCCUCCAAGUGACUUUCUUAGUUUGUCUAAGAAUGUUACUGCAAAAACUGGCGGGCUUCCAUUAACUAUUGAAGUGAUGGGUUCAUUUUUAUACCAAAAAGGAAAAGCAACAUGGGAAGAUACAUUCAAAAAGAUGGAACGCCAUCUUCAUGAGGAUGUGGAAAAAAAGUUAAUGUUAAGUUAUGAGGCUUUAGAUGAAGAAAAAAAGCAACUAUUUCUUGAUAUUGCCUGCUUCCUAAACGGAGAGAAUAAGAGAGAUGCAACUUAUAUAUGGGAUGACUGUGGAUUGUUUCCGGAUGAAGGGAUUGAUGUCCUACUUUUGAUGUCCUUAGUAAAAGUUGGAGUAAAGAAUGAGUUAUGGAUGCAUGACCAGCUUAAAGACUUAGGGAAGGGCAUUGUACGUAAUGAAAAUUGCAAAGAUUCAGGAAAGCGGUCUCGGGUGUGGAAUCAUGAAGAAGCAUUGGAUAUGAUGAUAAGGAAGAAGGGAACUGAGACUAUUGAAGCGAUUUGUGCAAACUUUGACGGAGUUCUUUUGACACCAGAAGAAUUUACGAAAGUGCCAAAUAUAAGAUUUCUCGCAAUGAUAAAUGGAAACCUCUCCGGAAAUUUUAAGGAUCUCUUUCCAGAACUAAGAUGGCUUUCUUGGAAGAAUUGCCCUUUAUAUUUGCAAGCAACCAACUUUUGCCCCAAAAAUCUACUCAUCCUUGACCUAUCGCGGACCCAAAUGACAGAAGAUUGGAACGGUUGGAUUCAACUUCAGGUGGCUACGAGAUUGAAGGUCCUUAAUAUGUCCAAUUGCCUUGGGUUAAGCACAACUCCUGACCUCUCUGCAUUUACAUCCUUAGAAAAAUUGAUUCUAGAGGGAUGUAGGAAUUUGCUACUAAUUGAUCGAUCCAUUGGUCAUCUGAAAUGUCUGAAACACUUGAAUCUAAAUGCAUGUUUUCUUCUCCAAAAGUUGCCGGUUGAACUAGGUUCUCUGGAAGCUUUGACUGAGCUGCUCAUAGAUAACUAUGUAUUCUCUGGAAGCAUUAAUCAAGUCCCAAUCAAAGCACUUGUAAAUCUUGAGUGCUUGGUUGUUUGUGGAUUUCCCAGGCUAAGGACACUUCCCAACUCGAUUGGGAUACUGAAAUUUUUAGCUAAGUUGGAUGUCUCCUACACGGCCAUUGAAGAGUUGCCAAAAACUAUUGUCUAUCUACAUAGCUUGAAAGUGUUGAAGAUGAACGGAAGUAACAUGAAAAAGUUACCCGAGACAAUUGGAUCGUUGGAGAAACUUGAAGAGAUUUAUGGAGAGGAUUGCUUGCGGCUAACUAUCAUUCCUAGUGAUAUUAGUGGACUACCUUCAUUGAAGAUUUUGAAAUUAACAGAAACUUGUGUAGAGGAUGUACCAAAGCUUCCCCAAAGUUUGGUAAGUCUAUGUCUGUCCUCGAGGGCCACAAAUAAAGCUCCAAAGAUCUCCAAUCUUGUGAACUUAAAAAAUCUGGAACUAUUCUUUUUCAGCAAUGAGUUCACAUUUUUAGGAUCCAAAGGUAAUUAUGAUAGGUUCACAUUUUUAGGAUCCAAAAGCAAUCCUUAUGGGUCAAGGGUAACUGUUUUAGGAUCCAAAAGUGAUCCUGAUCGGUUCGCAUUUUUAGGAUCCAAAAGUAAUCCUGAAAAAUUUGUUCGCCCUAAAACAGUGAUUGACCCCUACCUUCUUCCAAAAGUGGGAACUUACAGCCCAUAUUGUAUUUUGGGACUUCCAAAUAUCACCAACAUGAGCUCAUAUUUGAGUUGCCUUUGCUGUUUGAAAGAACUUCAACUCAUCAACUGCAAGAACCUGUACCAGAUUGGACAGCUCCCCUCUAGUUUGAGGAACCUUACAGUUCGCAAUUGCAAUCUUCUUGAAGUUGUUGACCUUUCCGACUUGGAGAAUCUACGGGUCUUGUUGAUUACGAAUUGUCCCCUCCUUCAAACAUUGUCCAACUUAUCUAACUCUACAAAUCUCAAGGACUUUGCAGUUUGGGACUGUCCGAAACUGGUUGAGAUUCAAGGUGUUGAUGCACUGGAAUCACUAGAAAAUCUUGCCAUCGAGACUGCAGUUCCUUACCAAGCUUACCUGAUCGAUCCAACUUGAAGAAGCUAAAGAACUACCACAUGGAAAAUGCUUUCAAAGUUAGCGAAUCCUGAAUUUUGAGGCUUGGAGGAAUUUGUCAUCAAAGCAAUGAAUGUAAAGCUUAUGAUUUUCUCCUCUCAAUCAUAGAAAACACACAGUUCCGUCAUCACUUUGAGAAGACAAUUGGUAUGAAUGCUAUGAAACGAGAAUACUUUCCCUGUGAUUAUAUUCGGACCAUCGUGAAGUCAUAAAUUUAUUUAUUAGGUACUGGUGAUUCAACUUAUAUUUCAGGAUAACCACUUUUGUUGUGCAUCGAAAGGUUAGUCAUUUCUUUCCUGAUUUUUUGUCCAACGGUUUGUUUAAUACAAGGGCUCAUUUUACGA